UGCUACUCUCAACACAGAUUUGUCGCAAUGUUUUAAAAAGCAAUGUUAUUAAUUUGUAUCAACAAUAAUAAUUGUUGUUAAUGAAAACAAACUAGAUCUAGACUAGAUCUAUAGAAAAUUUUCUAUUCACAAAUAUUAAUAACAACUAAACUUCCAAUUUUAGCUCUAGAUCUAGAUCUAGAUCUUUAAUUACUGAGAAAAGUUGUAACAAUGUUUCGGUUGUUGUUCGGUCAAGUUGUUUCCCUAAAGAAAACACCACUAUUUUUUCGCGUGAAGACAAUUAAAAACACUACACAAAUCACCAGGUACUCGUACCUUUUUUCCUAUGGACCUGGUUUAAUAUCUCGUUUUUCAUCACAUUCCAACCCGUUUGGCAUCAAACCAGCUUCACCUCAGGAUUUGGCCAACAGGAAAGCUCAAGGCUUACCUAAAAAGUUACCUAUAGCAGGAGUUACACAUGUCAUAUUAGUGGCUUCAGGGAAAGGAGGUGUUGGAAAGUCUACCACAGCAGUAAACUUGGCCUUAGCACUAGCAAGUAGUAAUCAAAACUUAAAAAUUGGAAUUUUGGAUGCUGAUGUUUAUGGACCAUCUAUCCCAACACUAAUGAAUUUAUCUGGACAACCUGAGCUCAAUCACCAAAACUUGAUGAUACCACUGAUGAAUUAUGGUGUUAAAUGCAUGUCAAUGGGUUUUCUAGUUGAUGAAAAAUCAGCCAUUGUCUGGAGAGGCCUCAUGGUCAUGUCAGCCAUCCAAAAGCUUUUACGAGAGGUGCUGUGGGGCCCCUUAGAUUACCUAGUUGUAGAUAUGCCUCCAGGUACAGGAGAUGUCCAGCUGUCCAUAUCUCAAAAUAUUCCCGUCUCAGGUUCUAUAGUAGUUACAACUCCACAAGACCUGGCACUGUUGGAUGCUCGCCGAGCUUUAGACAUGUUCCAACAAGUAAAGAUCCCCAACCUUGGAAUCAUAGAGAACAUGAGUGUCUUUAUCUGCCCUAACUGCAAUCACCAUGAACACAUUUUUGGAGAAAAUGGUGGACAUCAAAUUGCUCGAGAAAUGGGACUUGAAAUUCUUGGUGCUGUCCCUUUGAAUGGCUCAAUUUGUAGACUGUCUGACUCUGGUCAUCCAAUAGUGAUAGCCCAGCCAUCUAGUCCAGUUACUGAGGUAUUCAAGUCAAUAGCAGAGAAAGUGAUAAAAAAACUACCUAUACAAGAUCAGACAUCAUUGAGAUAAUACUUGUUGCCUUGCCAUGGUUGAUGUAAAAAUGCUUGUACAAAAGUGGAAAUAUUUAUUUGUAAAUAAAUCAUUCAGAUAUUUCAAAAUUAACCUUUGAUAAAAAAAUUUAUUAUAUGAUUCAAAUGUAACCACAAAGAUUGUAUACAUAGCUUUUUGAAGCCCACCAAUUGUUCUUUAGAACUGACAAGAAAAUGCCACAGAUGUUACCAUUUAAUACUUUUAUACUGUGUACAUAGUUGAUGUUACCUUCAUAGAUGUUUGUUUUACAUAAAGCUGCUUAAAAUAUUGUGCUCUCCACAAAGUGACACUGGAUCAAGGAUAUUCAAGCAUCUUUAUUGCAAGAUGAGUUUUGGCUAUUAACAUAACAGUCAUAAAAGUAAAGAUAAAUAAGUUAUAAACCGAUAAAAAUUAAAAACCUUAUACGUUUCAAAAUUGUCACAUAAAAGUUAUAUGAGAAAUGAUGAUGUAUUCUUUGUAUAAUGCGAAGUAUAAAAAAAAGCCCAGUAGAAAAUUAAACAAGUCAGAAUGAAUAGUAGUGUUGGUGAAUGUUUACUAUUAAAAACUUUUUACAUAUCACAGCCAAAGAAUCAUGAAUUUACAAUCCUUAAGUUAGAUAACAGUUUGGAGCACUUACAUUU